UGCCAGAGUUUGGAAGCAAAAAGAUCUUUCUUCUUUGAAAGGGAAAUUUGAUUGGUUCAUUAAAACGCGAGAAAGCCGAACUGUGACUGAUAGGUGGGUCCCAAAUACGACUAAGAGCCAAAUACUCAUUCUUCGUUGUGGAUCUUAUGUUCCGGUUUUUCUAAACACCAAGGAUCGUUUUUCUCUCGCAGGCUCCCUGUACAAAUCUCCUCAGGACAAAAUGGUUGUUGGACUGGGGUCUUCAAGACAACCGUUUCUGUCUAGGGCUCGUGCCCUUUUGCCUGAGCUCUAAACCGCCUUCUGGUCAGAGAACCAUCAGCUGGCCUCUCAUAAUUUGGUUCGUUGACACAACCUCGUGGACCCCCUCUCUCCUCACUCCUCAUCCAUCAAGUCAAGCAACCAUGACACCUGCUCCACAAGAACGGCCAGUCCGCAAGGUCUCCAUUGUCCUGGGUGACAACAGUAGCAUUCUCAGUGACGAAAGCAACACAAGCAACAAGCGACGGCGCGUGAGCGACGACGCCAUUCAAGUGCGACGUACCAAGAAAGAGAGAAAGCUUCGAAACGAACGGGUCUUUAGCGGUGGAAAGUGGUCCAAGGAAGAGAGACUCAACUUUCUUCGUGGCCUCCGCAAGUUUGGACAUGGAAAAUGGAAGCAGAUUCAGACCAUUCUGACCACCAGAUCCACCAUUCAAAUCAAAAGCCAUGGUCAGAAAGUCCUGCAGAGAAUCCAAGCAGGAGAAGACGUUUACUGGGAGCUCGACUUGGCCGACAACACGGACAAGUUCCAGGCUCGAAAAGCUGGACGAAACUCAACUAGAAUGAUCCCGGCCAAGGUCUCUGAGAGCGACGAGGAGGACGACGACACUGCAUCAACGCUGUCUGAAGUCACUUGGAACGAUGGCAAAAACCCUGGCGUAUCGGAGUCGACGGUUGCUCCAGCAUCUCGGAACAAGGAGAACCAAAUCGAUCGUGUCGUCGACAAGAAGACCAUGCCCGGUAUUGGCAUCGCUGCGGCCAAGCCCAUGGCAACGAAGUCUUUGCCUGCUCUCAGUAUCUCGGAGGCGACUGUCGUGAUGGCCCUCUGUGAACUUGCCAAUCCAGUCCACGUGAACACGCGAGUCUCGGCAACGGCUUCCAAGUAUGCCACAAAUGUGCCAUUCAAAGUUCAGCUCUAAUCAAUCAACCAGCUAUCUCUUGAGGUAGCCAUACUGGCAAAGUCACAGGCCUCUUUCAUGCAAUCGCAUGCAAUCGAAUCAACGCGACCUUCAUUAAGCUCAUCAAAAAACAACAUUCGUACGUUACACAUUCAUGUUCCGUGCCACAGGCCGCUGCUAAACCCUGACGAGCAGAGUUUUGGGACAACUCCUUCCCCAAGACCCAGAAUACAAAAGAUCAAACCAAGUGAUCCACAAA